AAUACCUCUCUAUGCUGGCCUUACGGCUGCCAAGAAAUUGGUUGCUAUGAGGUGGAAACAACCCGACAAGCUCCCAGCUGUAUUUAAGGAGAGAGAAAGAGCACUUCAUGAACCAAACUGUUCCACUGAAAGGUCCUGCUGUUUAAAGGUCCCUGAUCCUCUGCAACCAUGAUCAAAUUGUUAAGUGUUGCCAUUGUUGCCGCAUUGUUCUUGGAAAGCCACCAGUGGAUUCCAAUAGGUCCAACAGAUCCAGAAGAUCCAGUGUGCUGGACCGACUGGUUUGACCGUGACAAUCCCAGUGGCUCAGGGGACUGGGAGCUUUUGAAGGACCUGAAGAAAGAAAUCCAUGGAAAUAUCUGUGAAUACCCUCUGCACAUUAAGGUCGUUACCACGGACACCAUGACCCCAGCCAUCUCCACAGGGCAGACCUUCUAUACCUUCCAUCCGACUCAGGGAUUUGUUUGCCGCAACAAGGACCAGAGUAAGGACAUGUGCCGUGACUACAAAGUUAGCUUUUUGUGCCCGUGCAGGCUCGUGGAGCCGUAGUGGAUUGUCCGUAGGUGUUCGGAACAGGGGGUCACAGGUUCAAACCCCACUGCAGUCAGCAUGUUGUUGUGUCCCUGGGCAAGACACUUCACCCCAAAUUACUCCUGUGGGGAUUGUCCACAGUAUUGAGUAUGUAAGUCGCUUUGGAUAAAAGCGUCUAACAAGUAACAUGUAAUGUAAUCAAGCUGCGACUCCACAGCAAACAUCCAACAAGAAUAUGAAGCUUCGAUUGCUUUUAAAUGUUGUCCUUUUCUCUUUACCUGUCUAUUUUAUAUCUUACUUUGCCUGAUGGAAGAAGUUCAAUAGACCUUUUAUUACGGCAGACAUGUUGACUUGUAUCAGGAACAGGACCAUGAAGCCUUAUCAGCUGAUUAAAACUGAGCUUUAUAUCGGAGUAUGUGUAUACGCCUGUACGUUUACCAACAUGUCUUCUGUGUUCAAAUACCUCAUGUCAUGUGCUUUAUCAGUUUUCUUUUCUUUUUCUAGUGAUUAUGAAAUCAUUGUCUUGUAAUGUAGGAAAUAAAUCCACAUCAAACAGCAAUAAAACUGCU